GCUUCUCGUUCCCCAGAUGAAGCAGUGGAUAGACGACCGGUUUGAUCAGAUGGAAAAACCUCAAGGUUGCAACCCAAAAAGUGCUAAAGCUGUUGCUGAGAUUGCUGUCAAGAAUAAAAAGAAGAAGAAGUACUUUGGUGGGGGCUCAUCUUCAAUGUUAGACACUGGUGUAGCUGGCGACGGAAUAUCAACUUCUAAUCAAGAGGAUUCUGUGAUGCCUAGUGAGGGAAGUCGAGAAAAACGCGAUGUCCCCAUUCGGCCUCAUAGUGAUGCUAACAAGCCAGUUAAGUCUGAGAUGAAGAAGAAUUCAGUUGAAGCCAGUGCAUCCAAGUUGCAAGCCAACCCUUAUUCAAGCAAGACGAUGGCGCCGAAGAGGUUGAAAAUGAAGAAGUCUCCUUCGUCCAACGAAGAAACAAGUGAUGGUGAUAAUGACGGAAGCAAAUCGCCUUCUGGCGACGAGAGGAGGAGGAAGAAGAAGAGGAGCAAGAAACGGAAGCAGAAGUAUUGGCAGUCGCGUUCGGCUGAAAGCUCAAGUAGUGACGGUGAUCGGAAGAGGAGAAAUAGACGCAAGUGUCGUCGGGAAAGUUCCUCCGAGUCGUCUGAUUUCGGCCGUCGAUCCAGUCGGCGGCACCAUCGUUCCCGUCAGAGCCACCAUCGCCACGAACAACAUCACUCCGGUUGAUCGGCCUCUUUCAGUGAUGUAGGUGAUAUGUUUUGAACUAUGCAUUAUCAGAGUUGAGAGUAAUUUCUUGAUGCAUGGAAUUUCUAGGUAACUUAACAUGGAAUUUCUAGGUAACUUAAUUUUGAGCCUUACUAAGUAAAUGUUUGAUAUUUUGUGGCUACUAAUCUUGUGAUGCAUUACCAUAAACCUAACUCAAGCAUUACCUUGAUGAUGUUGAUGUUUUAUGGCUGCUUGGUUUUUGAGAUGCAUUACCUUAGUCUUAGGAUUGUAAGGUUGUAAUUUUCGACUUUUAUGUACUGCCGUACUGAUGCAUUUUGACACUAUAAUGGGUCUUCA